AUAAUAACUAACAAUUCUACAUUCUGAAUACUACAUUUUGUUUACAAAAAAAUUAAAAUAAAAACAUUCACUAAAAGCAAACAUAGACAUAGCUUUUUAAAACAGCAAUAAAAAAAAAGUUUUGUAAAAAAAAAAAAAAAAAUACAGGCUCAAUUGUCUACAAAUCUAAUUUCAAGCAUUUAAGCAUAGAUCAAAUAAUUUUACUGAAGUGUGUCCACAUUUUGACGAAUAGCGCUAAUUUUAACAUAAAAUAAUGUUUUAUUCUGAAAAAGUAUUUUUAAAGCAAGCGUGAGCGUUCUUGGAGUGAAAGUCACUUUGCGCAUGUGGCUGUUUCACGCGGCAUUGCUAUGGUAACAGUAAACAUCCUUGAACUGAAGCUUUUCCUUUUGGGAUUGUUCCCUUUUAUCUCUUCGUUAAAGUCCAGUUUAUCAUGUCAGACGUUGGCUCUGAAGAGUUUGACGACGAGCUAGGCUCUCUGGGGGAGUAUGAGGGAGACAGAAACGAAGCUGGAGAGAGACAUGGACAGGGCAAAACUGUCCUGCCUAAUGGAGACACUUACCAAGGAGCAUAUGAAAACGGCAAGAGAUCUGGCCAGGGGACAUAUAAGUUCAAGAAUGGGGCCAGAUACAUUGGAGAAUGGUACAUGAAUUUAAAACAUGGACAAGGCUUAUUUUAUUACCCAGAUGGCUCCAAAUAUGAAGGAAGCUGGGUGGAUGACCAGCGACAGGGUCAUGGUGUUUACACAUACCCCAAUGGAGACACAUAUGAUGGUGAAUGGCUGCACCAUCAAAGACAUGGGCAGGGUACAUACACACAUCAUGACACAGGUUCUCAGUACAUGGGCAGGUGGAUCAUGGGUAAAAUGGAGUCAGCCGGGGAGCUUAUCCAUUUGAACCACAGAUAUAAGGGCAACUUUGUCAAUAAUAAUCCCUCUGGUACAGGGAAGUAUGUGUUUGACAUUGGGUGUGAGCAGCAUGGAGAGUAUCUCCAGAUAGAGCAGCAGGACAAAGGAGAUACAGAGGAAGAUGAACCUGCCAUAACCACCACAUUGAAAUGGAAACCCAAGGCACUUACUGGGCUUUCUGUUUGAGAAGGAUUCUGCCACCUCAGAUCAAGCCGUGGUGAAAGAGUGAGAAAGACAGACCCCCAAAAGAUGAUAAGAAGACAGAGGACCUCUAGAUAAUUAUACUUGCACAUAUCUGAGAUAGUCACAUCUCAUGUUUAGGGAUAAUUAAAAUACUGUAAAAAAUGUAUUGCACAUUGCUAGUUAUUGUUAGAAAAUGCAUUAACUAACAUCAACUAGGCCUUAUUGUAUAGUGUGACUGAAAAAUCUAUUUAUACCUUAUUUCGAGGCCCUGGUAACUGAAAAGUGUUGUAAUUUCAAAAACAGCAGAGGGCGCAAUAAACCAGCCCAAAAUGACCUGUAAUUGAGACUAGUGUUUAAAAACAAUUAUGCUGAUUUUUUAUUCAUUAAAACGCACUAAAGUGUA